CUCUGGCGUUUUUUGCACGUUCCAAAGGUCAGCGCUGUUGAGCUUAGUGGGCCAAAAUUUGAUGGAUGCAUACGGCAGAGCCAAAAGUAAACAACUUCCGAUUUAUAAUUUCUAAAUAGAGGGUGUCUUGUGGCCAGUAUUAUUCCACAUAGUUUUCUAUCUUAUCAGCCAACAAAAGAAAUCAAGUAAAAAUAUCAUUUAAUCAACAUUAAUCAACGUUUUUUCUAAACAUGAAAUCAACCUUCAAAUUUUCGUUUUAUAUAUUGUCUGCGAUAAGCCAAAGAUACAAAAUUGAUGUCAUAGUCUUAGGAUCUUAGCCCCGCUACAUGUGUUCUUUUUUCUUUCGUCUCUCUGCUGGCUGUCAAUCUUUUUGAAUAUUGAGAUAUCGUUUUCGCUUAUCGAAAAUACAACAAAAGUCUGUACCGAAUGCUGCCGCCGAAUUGCACAAAAACUCAAAAUACUUGCGAUAAGGCAAAUGGAAAUAAUUGGUGCUAUUUGCCCCAGUUGCAUUCAAUGAGGAGAACCUGAAGAAUCAGAAACGAACCGAUGUGAUACUUGGAGACUAAGCAUUGCAACAACGAUAUAAAUACAUUACUUUUAAGUAUUUAGCAGUAGUCAAAGCUGUACAAGAAGAAAAAAGUGCAUCCUAAAAAAAAAAACCAAAACAAUUUGCUGAAAAACUUGCCACAUUCAACAUGGAACACUUGGAUCUGGCGGGUUAUCUAAACACGCCCAUUAAUUGGAAUUUAGGCGCAUUUGAACAGCAAGAUGGCAUUUACCUGUCCAGUUCGCGCCAAAUGCUGGAGCCCAUCAUGGAGGAGACCUCCGAGGAUGAGGAGCAUGCGCAAAAUAGCUGGAACGGCUACGAGCAUCGCGGCAGCAGCAGCUGCGGCGGCGGCUUCUGGAGCUCCGCUGAGUCCGAGACAGGCUCGGUCAUAAGAGUCGAAAUUAACAAGGAUAUCGACGCCAUAUCGGAACGUGACUUUGCCUGUCCGCCGAAGCGCGCGCGCCGCUCACAGGAGGAGCUGCAGCAGCAGCAGCUGCUGCACAGUCUGGAGGAUAUGGUGCAGCUGCGUCGCCCGCCGCCGCCGCGCUACGAUGCCGAGGCGCACAACAGCUUGGAGCGCUUCCUGGCGCUGGAGGCGUGCGCCCGGGACAGCUACGGCAGCCAGGGCCAGCGCAACAGCACGGGCAGCUGCCGGCGUGGCGGCAACUUUGAGGAUUUCUACUCGGACAACGAUUCGUAUCAUUCGCUAUCGCGCAGCUCCUCGCUGGUGCAGUUCGAGUCGCUGGAGCGCCAGCUGACGCUGCAGGAACAGCACCAGAGCAUGAACAGCCUGGGCAACAGCUCGCCCUCGCUGUUCAGCUGCGAGACGGUGGCCAGCAGCAGCGGCGGCAGCAGCAGCGGCGGCGCCAGCGGCGGUAGCCACAGUAAUCCGGACAGCCGGCGCGGCUCGGCCACGUCGCUGCUGAAGCGCUACGAGUCGAGCGACGGACGUCUGCAUCAGACCUACUACGAGCUGCACAAGCUGGACCUGGAGGAGCAGCAGCGCGAACUGUUCGGUGCCUGCAAGAGCCUGCAUCAGGCGGAACUCAAAUCGGAUUCGGAGUCGAGCAGCACGUCCAGCAGCGAUAGCAGCGGACACAGCAUGCUCAGCGCCUGUCCGGGUAAACAAGAUGCGGGCAGUGCCCGACGCCUGCCGCUCAAUUCGGCGGAGAAUUUGUCUGAGGAUUCGGGCUACUGUGAGCCGAGCACAUUGCGACGCGCCAAAUCCAAGAGCAUACCAAAGAAUUUCGACAAGCUCUGCGAAGAGGAGGAGAUGGAGGAGCUGCUGGAACAGGAGCCAGCGUCAGUGGUAGGGGCAAUGGCAGUGGCUGGCGCAGGGGCUGGGGCAGGGGCAGCGACAGGCGCACAUUCCAAAAACUCCAAUGAUUUGUGUCAGACAAAAAUAGAGCAGCAGACAAACGAGACGCAGUCAGCGUCGCAGUCAUCUCUCGGCUCUCCGGCAUCGUCUAUAAAUAGCUGCGAGAGAGGCGCACGCUCGCCAUCCACGUCGUCUUCGCCAUCGCCCAGCGGAUCAGCGGCAUCCGCAACGUCGUCGCCGACGUCGUUGUCGUCAACAUCGUCCGCCGCCUCGUUCACUUGGCUGCGCAACAGUUUGCCCGACAUACGCGAGCCGCGAGGUUCGUCGCCCAAAUUUCUAACGGACAACAACAGCUACGGCCUGGCCAACAACAAGAGCAGCAGCAGCAGCAGCAGCAGCAGCAGCGCCUCCUCCUCCGCCUCCUCCACCACAUCCGCCGAGUGCUCGCCCGUGCUGUCACGAAUCAGCACAGCGACAGCCUUAGCCGGCAGCGUGCCCAACGAGCUGCAGCAGCUGGGCAGACGGAGGCGAACACGUCGCCAGCAGCAGCAGAGGAAUUGCCAGAGCAGCGAGGACGGGCACAGCUCUAGCGAGGAUUUGGACAAUUUUGAUUGCAGCAGCUUGCCGCGCAUGCGACGCAGCUGCAGCUGGAACGAACGUUGCGGCUUCAGUGCAAGAACAGGAACGGAAGCGGGAAAGGGCGCAGGCGCCGGAGCAGGCUACCUAAACGCUAGCUAUCAAAACCUCACGCUACUCGACUACGCGGAUCGCAGUGAUAAUUGCAAGCGCAGCUCUUUCGACAUGGACAAACGUAAACGUGUCGUUUCUGGCGAGGAUUACGACCAGCUCAUAUGCAAGGGCAACUUUCUGCUGGACGAGCUGAGCCAAAUCUAUGACAAAAAUGCAUCCAUAUUGAACGACAAGACCGUCGAGCAGGAACCGGCGCCGGAGCAGGAGGAGGCGCCUCCACAAGUGCAGCAUGUCCAGCUAACCAUACGUAAGCCGCCGGCUCGCCAAAAGCGGCAGACAGCGGAGCAGGAGCCAACAUCGCCAGUUUCUACUGCAUCCACCGUGCCCGCGGCGACUGUCAUCAGUUUCAGCAGCUUUGGCAAGACUUUCGAUCAGGAUCCGACCAAUUUGCGCACCUCCUAUGCCCAGUCGCUGGAGCAGUGCAAUUUUGAGCUGCCCAAGAGGAAUCCGGCACCGCCGCCGCCCAAUCGGGUGCUGCCCAAGCGGCGCUUCCAGAGCUCAACGGCCAAGCAGCGCAGCCUGGUCAGCAGUACGCCCAAUCUAUCGGCCUUCGAUGGCGGCCAGGAGCCGGAGGAUGAUAUAUAUGUGAGCAGUGCGCACAAUUCGAUGCAUCAGCUGCCGCAGACACCGACACAGCCAAAGCCCUUGGGCAUACUGUUGCCGGCGGGCUCGCGUAAUUCAUUCAGCAAGGAGGUGAGUUUCUGUCCAGUGGUGAGUAAGUAUUGCUGGCAGGAGCAAUCGUCGGAGGAGCCGCAAGAGGAGCACGAGCAGGCGAGCAGCGAUGAGGAGCACAAUGAUGAUGCUGAUGAUGAUGAUGAUGAUGAUGAUGAUGGAGAAGAAGAGGAACUGUUGGAUAACAACGAUGCCACUGUUAUUUAUAACACCAAAGAGAACGAGUACAUAGCAGCGCGCUACAAUGAAGAGCAACAGCUAAGAGCGCCGCAACAAGAGCAACAAGAGCCACAUCAACAGCAAAGAGCGCAAGAGAGCGAACGCGAGCGUGAGAGCGUGAUCGAUGACCAGAGCAGCGAGAGCGAUGAAAACAACGAAAACAUCGCCGCUGGUGUCAGCAUGGAAACGCAACAACAAAAAACAUCGCCGCCGCUGCCGCCGCCGCUGCUGCUGCAGCCCGUUUCAAGCGUCGCUGCUGCUGCCUCGGCUGUCAGUCUUGAAACGAGCGUCGACGCGAGCUCAUCGUACGCGAUCGCCAGUUCACCAGUUCACACAGUGCCGUUACACACACGCCCCCUAAGCCUGCAUUUGCCCAUACUAAGCGAACCGCCCACAAACCGCGCACAUCACAUACUCUACGCCUCGCAGCAGCUGCUGCAGCGUUACGACCACGACAACGUCGACAAGAACAUGUCGUCCAAAUCAACGUCAGUCCAGCCCACGGCGCACAUAACCAGCGCCAAUAACAAUGAGUCGCCGCUAAAGCAGCGCGCCAACAAAACGGACGAGAAGCAUCCCAGCUCAAAGAGUUUUCUGUCGCGCUUUGCGCAUGGCCUGCGCUUCUCGCUGCGCCGCAAGAAGAAGCAGCAGCAACAGCAACAGCAACCGCAGCUGCAGCAGCAGCAGCAGCAGCAGCAACAGCCGCUCAAGCAAGCAACGCAAAGCAACGGCAAAAGCCAGGAUUUCAUUUACAUACCCCUCAAGCCGCCGCGCAGCACGCUAGAUGACAGCAACGCCUCCGAAGCGAGCACCGCCAGCGUUCACAGUCGCCAGGCGACAGCAGCAGCAGCAACAGCAGCAGUCGAGCUGGAGCUGCCAAAAACAUCGACACUGCAAAAGCUGGUGACAGGUAAACCCCCGUUGCCGAAGUUGCCGCCACGGCAAGCGCAUGCGCCGUAUGCGGUCAGUGCUGCCAAUGGCUCCUUAGGUGCUGCCCAUGCUAGCGAUGCUCUCUUGGCCGCCGAACGGCAACAAUAUGCGGCCUUUGCCCAACAGUUGACAACGGGCCAGCGUCACGAAAUGUCGCUAACGGAAACGGAAAUGGCUCGAGCCACCGAAUCGCCGUCGCGCGCCUCUGUCGCGCAAAAGACGCAAAUGUUCAAUCAGCUGGGCGCCGGCUUGCCGUCGCGUCCGCUAACCAUGGUAACAGCCGUGCCGGUGGCUGUCUCCCCGAUGCUGGAUACCACCGAUGGCGAUGGCGGGUCUGGAAAAAUGGGCCUCAUCGAGACCAAUUUGGACACACACGAAACGAUUAUCACGGGCAAGACGCGCUCCCUUAUGGACAUCACCUGCAAUCCGCUGCACAAACGGUAUCUGGUCAAGCGUUUGAAUGUGACCAGCGCCGCCUACGAUGUCCGGGAUGAUGACGACGACGACGAUGACGACGAUGAUGAGCGUCUCGAUGGAAACAAUCAACGCAUCAAGCCAUCAACACAGGCGGGCGGCGUCCAAAUCGCCUCAGUUCGUAGGCCACACAAAAGCAUGGAAUUUCUGCUGGACAAAGAGAAUCAAAAGAAUGUUUUGCCACCUGAGAAUGAGCUACAGAAAUCGCACGAUCACAAUCCGGCCGCCCUGAGCGAGCAUCAAUUGCGAGUGCAGGCAUCGCUGCAGCGCCUGAAUAUACCCGACUGGUUCCGACAAUACAAUCAAAAUGCAGCACGAUCGCCAGAUGGCGCCGGCGCCGGUGCCGGCAACGCUGGCCCAGCAUCCUCUGGCGGCUACAAGCCGGGCAAUUUUACGCGCAAGCGCACACAGGACUCGGGUCGCUGGCAGGGCCUUAACUCGAAGACGACUUCGCUCAGUUCGCUGGGCUCGCAGCGCUCUGAUCGUAGUCCCCUGCUGUUGAGUCCCUCGGCGCACAGUCAUCAUGGCGGCCAGAGCAGCAGCGUCAGCGGCUCGGCGACGGCACAUCAGGCCCAUGGCCAGGGCGUCGGCGCCACACGCUGGUCCACCUCGCAUCUGAACUCCACACAAACAUCGCCGAGCGUCUCGCAGCGCGGCAGCUUUGCCCGCGGCGCGCCCAUCAACAGCAGCUUCAUGUCCGUGGCCAGCGGCAGCAGCGCCGGCGCCCCCGGCGGUGUCCUGAGGAACUCCUAUCGUCAGCCCUACCUAGGCUGGCGCAGCACUGAGAAGCUCUCACAGCGCACGCCCCACGAACGCCUGGCCAACUCGCUGCUGGCGCAACGCACAUCGCCAACAACGGCGACGCCGACGAAUGGUGUGCGAAGGCUGCAGCCCGUAACGCCGGAGAUACAGAGCUCCAUCAAGGAGGUAACCUCGGCCAUAGUGCAUUAUGUGAACGAUCAGACGCAGGCGCAGGCACAGCUGCAGCAACAGCGCAGCCGCUCGACGAGUCCCAAUUCGAGAAAGUGCUGGCUUGAGAGCAGCUUUGUUGGCACACGUCCGCUGGAUUCACCGCAAACGCCCGUCAUUGACAGCAGCAGCAGCCCGCCCGCAACCCAACACCAACAGCAGCACCAGCAGCCGCAUCAACACCUGCAACAGCUACACCUGGAUGCCACAACGGCGCUUGCCGUUGGACAGCCGCCACUACGCAUGAACGGACUUAGCCGGGUCGGCGGCGGUGGCGCGCCUGAACGCUCGCUGAGCAGCGCAUCGCUAGAAGAUGUCUUAGCCUCACUUUUAGGACUGCCAGCUACCUCCUCCUCCAACAGCCACAACACCAACAGCAACAACAACAGAAAUCAAGCGGCAGCGGCGAUUAAUCCAGGGUCCUCGACGACAGCAGAUUCAGCUAGUCGCGGUCAGCAGCUAGAGGUGCUGACGGCAGCGGAGCAGCAGCUACUGCGCCGUCGCAGCGAGGGUGACGCGCCCAGCCAAAAGCAGAAGCAGCUUAAUCAGUCACAAUCCCAAAUACAAACACAAACCCAAACCCAGUGCCAGACCCAGUCCCAGUCCCAGUCGCAAUCACAGUCACAGGUGCAGGGCCAGAGCAAUGCCAGCAAUCGGCGCGUAUCGCUGGGCGACUCCAACAGCCAUGCCCACACGGCGGAAAAGGGCAACAGCAACAGCAUCAACAAUGGCAGCAUCUACGGAGCUGCCGUCGAGCAACAGCUGCAGAUCAGGUGUCGCAACACCAAGUGCGAGGCCAGCGCCACGCCCGCCGAUGCCAAGAAGCUGUACAAGUCAUGCCACAAUUGUACCCAUUUAUAUUGUUCACGUGAGUGUAGGCGCGCCCACUGGGAGAAGCAUCGGAAGGCGUGCCUGCAUUCGCGCGCCUCCAACUUGUGCCGCCAGGUGUUAGCCACUUGCAAGGAUGACGUCGACUCGCAGCGCCAUCUCAGCCUGUUGGCCCGCAAGGGCAGCCUCUCGCAGGGCCGUGGCGUGGUGCGUGUGCUCUUUCGCAGCGCCGAGGCCGCCGAGGGCUUCAUCAAGCAUGGAUUUCAGUGCAUGGGCGAGGCAUCCUAUGUACGCUGGCCAGAUCUGAUGCCAGCCGAAAUGGGUCUGGAACUGUACUCGGAAUUGCUAAAACUAAGCACUGAAUACAAGCCCGAGUCCAAGAUGCUCAUUUACGUGGCCAUUUGCGUGGUCUCCGAGGCACCGGGCAUGGGUCAGGCACCGGUGCGUUGGGAGCGCCAGCUAGUGUCACGCUGCGCCAAGCUGAAGCUGUGCAAGACCGUGCUCGCCGAGCUGGAGCUGCAGCAGCAAGCUCUACAGCAGCCACUGGCCGUCAUGGCCGUGCCGGAGCGCACCGAGAUACUCAUACUCACCUUCAAUCCGGGCUUGCGCACCGCGCCCGGCAAUCGGGAACUUAUAUUGUCCAACAUUUUGGACAUACUCUCACGGCGUGGAGUGCUGCUGCGCAAACACUAUCCGGAGAUCUAUCAGCGCCUACAGAGCUACACGGAGGGCCAAACGGACAAGUUCAAUCCGGUUACGCUGCACCCGCGCGACUCCCAGACGGGCCAGAGCUUCGUGUGCAUUAUCAUGCCCGUGCACACGGACAGCGAGUUCAUCAAACUGCCAUCGGCGGCGGAUGGUGGCGGAAAUCGUGUGACCACCAUCGAUGUCGGCUCGCCGGCAGCUCUCGCUCAGCUGGACGAUGAUGAGCUCCUCACGCGCACCACCCCAGCGAGUUGAUUGAAGGCGACAAGCGACAGCAGCAGCAGCACCAUCUGCAGCAGGCAGAGGCGUAGCGGCAGCAGUGGCAGUGCCACGCCCCCGCAUAACCUGAACGCAUAUAAUGAUGCCCUAGGCUGUGGCCUGGAGAGCACGCGCAUGUGAGCAACAACAACAACAACUCAACCGCUUCCAGAUCUUGCUCUUGAUUAAUAUUUAAGUCUCUCUAACCAGUUGCUUCUAUUGUUCUGUACUCUAAAUAUUCAUGUUAGUUAGUCGGCUCUCCUCUGUUAAAAUUAGCUAGUUAGCUAGUGGACGUGUUAGCACUUGUAUGGCAUCUGCCACAACUCCAUAUAUCAGUAGUUAUCCCUUCCCUACCCACACCAAAAAAAAAAAAAAA